CACACACACACGGUGAGGUCCAUGAUGACACGUGAACACACACACACAGUGACACACACUCGGCCCUCAGAAUGACACAGCUCUGAUCGGAGGGAGGUGAUCUCUGAAAUUGCUCAGUGAGCACCCCUAAUUUCCCUGAUUUACAUAUCGCUGUCAAUCACACCCAAUGGAAUCCAAUCAGAAAGCAAGCGGGGACGGACUGGCGGGGACACAGAAGGAGGCGGCGCUGCGGGCGCUCAUGCAGCGCACAGGAUACCAACUGCAGCAGGAGAAUGGCCAGCGGCGGUACGGCGGCCCACCACCCAGCUGGGACGGUCCGCCGCCAGAGAGAGGCAGCGAGAUCUUUGUGGGGAAACUACCGAGAGAUCUGUUUGAAGACGAACUGGUUCCACUGUGUGAGAAGUUCGGUAAGAUCUAUGAGGUGAGGAUGAUGAUGGACUUUAACGGAAAUAACAGAGGUUACGCCUUCGUCACCUUCAGUACAAAACAGGAGGCCAAAGCAGCCAUGAAGCAGCUCAACAACUACGAGAUCAGAAAUGGCCGCCUCCUCGGAGUUUGUGCCAGCGUUGAUAACUGCCGUCUGUUUGUGGGCGGGAUUCCAAAAACUAAGAAGCGUGAGGAGAUCCUGUCUGAGAUGAAGAAGGUCACUGAUGGGGUUGUGGAUGUCAUUGUGUACCCGAGCGCCGCCGACAAAUCCAAGAACCGAGGUUUUGCCUUUGUGGAAUAUGAGAGCCACCGAGCGGCCGCCAUGGCCCGUCGCAAACUGCUGCCAGGCCGUAUCCAGCUAUGGGGUCACGCCAUCGCGGUGGACUGGGCGGAGCCUGAGGUGGAGGUGGACGAAGAUACCAUGGCAACCGUCAAAAUAUUGUAUGUCAGGAACCUGAUGCUGCAGACCACAGAGGAGACCAUUGAGAAGGAAUUUAACAGCCUCAGACCAGGUGCAGUGGAGCGAGUGAAGAAGAUCAGAGACUACGCUUUUGUCCAUUUCAGUCAGAGAGAAGACGCCAUCAACGCCAUGAAAGCCCUCAACGGAAAGGUGGUGGACGGCUCUCCUAUCGAAGUGACUCUGGCCAAGCCGGUGGACAAGGACAGUUACGUCCGUUACACCAGAGGGACCGGAGGACGGGGAGGAUCUCUGCUGCAGACCGACUACGCUGCCUACACUCUUGGACAGGUGUAUGACCCCUCAGCGGCGUACCUCGGCCCACCCGUGUUUUAUGCCCCCCAGGCCUACACUGCUAUACCAGGCCAGUUCCGCUUCCCGGCGGCUAAAGCUCACGUUGGAGGUCGAGGUCUGAUCAGGACACCGUCUGUGAGAGAAAUUUACAUGACUGUACCUGUAGGGGCUGCCGGGGUGCGGGGGCUGGGCGGGCGGGGAUACCUGGCCUAUGCCGCUGGGGUUGGAGCCGUGGGUGGAGCUGGCGCCGCUGCCGGCGGUGCCUCUUACGGCCUGAAGGCGGACAAGCAGGCAGAGGAGAAGCUGUACGACCUGCUACCAGGAAUGGAGCUGACCCCCAUGAACCCUGCUGCCAUGAGCCUGAAGGCCGCCGCCAUCAAACCUGCAACACAGGUUCUAGAGGAGCUGUGUCAGAAGAAUAACUGGGGUCAGCCCGACUAUCAGCUCCACUCUGCCAUCGGUCCUGACCAGAGACAGCUCUUUCUCUACAAGAUCAUCAUACCAGCUCUGGCCACACAGUACCCCAACGUCCAUCCCUUCACGCCUACUAAGCUGUGUGCGGCUGUAGAAGAAGCUAAAGUCCACGCAGCCGAACACACCUUGCAGACGCUCGGUCUACAGACAGAGGGCGCCGCCAACGCCGGCUGUGCCACUGCUGCCGCUGUGGCCUCGGUAGCCUUCCCAGGUUACACUCUGGCAAGCCCGGCGUCAUCUGCAGUCGCCUCCCAGCUGAAGCAGGCUGUAUCUCUGGGUCAGGACCUGACUGCCUACACCACCUAUGAGGGAUACCCCGCCUUCGCUGUGGCGACGCGCCACACCGACGGAUACGGCGUUUUCUAAGAGACCGUUUUCCAACAGAGAAAAACACUUGCAGCUAAAGAUGCAUUCACACUAAACGGCUUUUUUCUCAAACUGCCAUUUAAAAUCUGUUUAAAGUUUGUGAUGGUUAAAAACAGAGCGGGAACGAAUGGACUCGUUCCUGAACGUUCGUCACUUUAAACAGGAAACAAAACAGAAGUUAUUCCUACAAAAAGCAAAAUAGUGUGGAUGCACCUUUAUGCUGGGGUUUCUACAGGAAGACAAAAAGACAUGUUUUUAAAACCGCUGCUGGAAAAUGUUUCCGACUCGCCGGUCGCCCUGAAACAAAUUCCUCACUCGUCACAUCUUGUUUCUUUCUUCAAAAUAUUCUUCUCUGAAUUAGGUAUAUAUCUGUGAUUAUCAUGUGAUUGAUGAAGUAGCUUGCAGACGGCCUGUGAUUGGCUCUAAGUUUCAAUUAAUGUUUUCAUCAGUUAAUGUUUUUAUUUUCUUUUUAGUUUGUUUGCAUGUUUCUAGUAGCAUGUUGACAAUAUUCAAUAAUCGGAUAAAUAGAUUUUGUUAUUUUAUCCUUUCUUGUAAACCUGUGCUUUUAUGUUUAAGAUACCUGGGAUUUGUAGUUCUUUUGAAUGUCUUUCAACUGCAAAAUGUAGUUUUGCACUGUUGUCUACUUUCGACCAUUUCGGCGGUUUUCCUGGCGUCUGUAAAAUGUUUAAGAUAGAACUGAAAUUUGGACAGAGUGGGAUUUUAAAAUGGAAAGCCUGUUUUUACUCACGACAUUCUGGACUUUGUAGUUCUACAAACUGUGAAUAUGUAGUUUUUUGUUAGCGUACAUCUGAGAGGAAUCCAAAUGAACUGUGUGUGGUGAGCUUUCUCUCCCUCAUCAUUAACACACUGCUUUGAGGAAAUGUCUUUAGUUUUUCUGCCGUCAUGUUUGAGGUGCUUUAAACAGCUUGUUGUCUCAGUCAGCUGUUAAAAGCUUUAUUACGGCCGAUAAUAAGGCUGCUCGACAACACUGAUGAAACUUAAGCUGCAUGUUUUUACAAACGGGAACAGAAACAACCUGAUCUCCAAGAAAUACAUAAUGACCACGACCUCUUAAGUUGGCUUUACGUUGUAAUGGGAGGACAUAAUGUGUCAAACGAUCCAAAAUCCAGACCAAGUACUCUACCUUGGGCUAACAUGCCUCCAAAGCGUGCACUAACGGGCGGGGCUGGGUGUUCCCAGAGGGGCGCCUGGUGUUUUCAACUGGGAAAAAAUUAUUCGGUGAUUACAGGGCCAAAUUGACUUUCCAUUGGCAUUGUUUCUGUGGUGGUGGCACCUAAAUGUAACAUAUUAUAACUGUGGUGUGAAGUGAAGAAGUCAUGGUCAUUUCACAUAUCAGUGUCAGGUCUUCACUGCCAUGUGGGGAGUUUUCUCUUUUUAUUGAUAUUUCUUUUCCAUGUUUCAGUAUUUUCAUGUUCACAUCGUGUGUUGUUUCUUCAGCUUCUAUUAAAAAAAGAAAGAGAAAGAAAUGAGCUAGCUGCGAUCCUAUAACUCCCCUUGUCUCCAGAUGUUUUAAACCUCUCACCAAACAAGAACAUCAAAGCCCAGAUUAGUUUAAGAAUUCUCUCUUUCUUCAACAUCUGCUCAUGGCAAGAGAUCAUAGCUAUAAAUUAUAGUUAAGGGGUUUGGUAACUAAAACACUAAAUUAGGAAAAAGCUUACGUUCAUAUGUCUCUAUGGUUAUUACAAAUUAGACAUUAUGGAUUUGACAAAAGUAGUCUGAACAAAACAAAAUUAAAAUUAGCUUCCUUCAUAAAACCGUCCUCUGUUUACAGUCUGAAAAAGGAAAAGUUGUAGUUUUUUUAACUUAUGAUUUAAAAGUAAAGUAAAAAUGAAGAUAUUGGAUCUUGCUCCUAAACUGCGCCUCCAACUGGUGACUGUGAGUACGAGCUGCAGUUAAGACAACGCAACAUCAUCUUUUUUUCCCCUAAUAAUUACAAAUGCAAACUUAAAAGCAGCAGGCGACACAUCCUUCAGUCCAACUCGAUAAUUGUUUCUUCUGUUUGUUUCUGGAGAGUUUUACGACAUCCGAGCUGUGAACACGCCGAAGCAGAGACAGUAUUAAAGUGUGUGAAGCACUUAGAACUUAUUUUUAUACCAGGAAAAAGAAUUAAUAUCCAGACGCUGUUUGUAUAGAGUUAUUGUGCGUUCUCUAAUUGACCUGGAAACCAGAAACAUGUUAAACUGAAUCAGUACGAAUCUGUGAUGAGCAGAGAGAACUGUGGGUAUUCUGGAGGGGUUUAGUACCGUGACAGGAAACUGCUUUGAUGAAUUAUGAUGUUUCAUGAUCCGUAAUCUUCCCGAAAUAAACAAGCUAACACAGAUCUGAAGAAGCUCCGCUGUGUCUGGGUUAUUUUAUUACAUUUUAUAUAAUCACAUAUUUUUACUUUUGCUGUCUUCUGUUGGCCCACAGACGCCCUCACAGGCAGCUGAUUUAGAUUUAGUCUUAAGAUUAAAAAAUGUUAAUUAGUAUUUGUCACAUUUAGGUUGUUAAGUUAAUCCUUCAUAGUCUUGGUGUAGUUUAGGGCAACAAAAAUUCAAAGCAUUUCAGUCAUUACGUUUUCCAUCUUUUUUUCCACUUUAAACUAAUCCAGCGAGGCUAAUCAGAAAUCAGAAUCAAGGAGACAGGUUUCAUUUUUGCUCUCAACAAAUAACUAAUGUGAGACAACUAGGAUUUGUCCCCAGGUUCAUUGUAAACUGACUUAUCCAACUGACUGUGAGGAAGCAGAAACAUAACUUGAUUAAAGCCUAAAUUUUUUAUUCAUCUGGGAAUUGGUUACGAAGUCCUGUAUUUAUACUUGUGUGGUGGUGUGUCUGUGUCACUCUGCAGUUACACCUCCAAAACACUAGCUGAGCAGCCAACACAGUAAAAGCAGUCAUAUCAAACGACAGUGCAAAUGAAUAAACAGAAUGAAUAAUCUACUUGCUCUUCAGAGACGCACAUGAGAACAACAAUGCUGCACAACGGAGAGUAAACGUGACUGGCGUCGACUCCAUGACUUCUAUAAAAACACUGUAGAAGAAGAAAGACGCAUCAGGUAUCAUGAACAGUGGUACAACACCGCCGCCAAGUGGUCAUAAACACAGAAACCAAUAUGGCAAGCAAUAAACGAAAAAUAUAUUUGGAGCCUUUCUAACAAAUACUGUGGAGCCUUUGGACAUAAACACUGAAAGAGAAAAGUCAACUACAGCUCCCAAGAUGUAAAAAACAUCCAGUCACUAAGCUUCAGAUUCUGUUGCGAGCCGCAACAUUAUUAGGGUCCCAGCUAAGCUGCCAGGACACUAUUGUAAUCCUAGGUAUUCUUCUUCUGUCUUCUUCUGAGGAAAUCAUACUUCCCAUGGGUGAAAACUCACCAAACUUUGCACAAAGGUCCAGUCUCAUGUCAGAUAUCCUCAGCUGUAAACUCAAGCCAAUAGUCCUGAUGGUGGCGCUACAGCAAGCGUCUAAAGUUCAAAACUUUGAAAAUUCAUAAAAAAUCAACCAUACGUGCUACAACUUCACAGCUUUCAUCAAACUGUAGCCCCAAUACUGAAGAAACAUGUGUACAUUCAAACCUAUUAAAAAUUAUGAAGUUCAUCCUCUGUUUUUUUCAAAAA